AUGUCCUACAAUCGUCUGGGAGGCCCAUAUGGUGAGGAUGACCAUAGUCGCUCUCCCAUGAUGAAUCCCCACCAAGUAAAUAAUCGCUCCCCUUCACCGGGUCGGCCAUUAAAUGCCUACCAGCUCUCCGAUGUUUCAUAUGGACCGCAGGAACGUCUGCAUAUGCCUUCUAGUGACAUAUUAGCUGAGCAACCAACGUAUUCUGUGGAAAGGUUACCAAACUCUUACGGCCAUAACGAAGCUUAUGAACAGCACCACCACCAACAGCAUUACCCCGGAUAUGAAUAUUCUGUGGAUCCGGAGGCACACCAUGAUGCCUACUAUACUCAGCCUUAUCAACCCACAGUAACGCCACAUGAUGAUUAUGACCUAGGGCAAUACCCUGAACACCAACACUCGUAUAGCGAUGACCGUAUCCCUAUCCUACAGCAGGAAAACCCAUUCGGGCCCGACCCGUACAGCGAUGAAUACCAUGAUGAGCCAACCGACCCCACAACCCCAAGUCCCGCGCCCCUCCGACGGUGGAAAACAGUCAAAGAAGUUCAACUGUUUAAUGGUAAUCUCGUUCUGGAUUGUCCGAUCGCGCCCAAGCUUCUCAGUCAGGUUCCACACGCCGAGCCCCCUGGCCGUGACGAAUUCACGCAUAUGCGCUAUUCCGCUGCGACAUGCGAUCCGAAUGACUUCUUUGAAGAACGCUUUACAUUGCGCCAGAAACUGUUCGCGAAACCCCGACACACUGAACUCUUCAUUGCGAUUACGAUGUAUAACGAGGAUGAUUUCCUCUUCGCGCGGACGUUGAUCGGCGUGUUCAAGAACAUCGAACAUAUGUGCUCGCGAACGAGUAGCAAGACAUGGGGCAAAGACGCAUGGAAGAAGAUCGUGGUUUGCGUAAUCAGUGACGGUCGUGCGAAAAUCAACCCACGAACACGUGCGUUGUUGGCUGCGAUAGGAGUCUACCAAGACGGCAUCGCAAAGCAACAAGUCAACGGCAAGGAUGUCACGGCGCACAUUUACGAAUAUACUUCUCAGAUAGCUCUCGAAUUAAAAGGGACCCAGGUCCAAAUCAAAGGGCGCUCGGCAGUUCCUGUACAAAUGAUCUUCUGUCUGAAGGAAAAGAACCAGAAGAAAAUCAACUCUCACCGCUGGUUCUUUCAAGCGUUUGGGCGUGUAUUGGAUCCCAAUAUUUGCGUUCUGCUAGAUGCUGGAACCAAGCCAGGUAAGGACUCCAUCUAUCGUCUCUGGAAGGCCUUCGAUGUGGAACCGAUGUGUGGAGGCGCCUGUGGUGAAAUCAAGGUCAUGCUGUCACAUGGCAAGAAACUGCUCAACCCACUGGUUGCCGGGCAGAAUUUCGAGUAUAAGCUGAGCAACAUCCUCGAUAAACCCAUGGAGUCCGCGUUUGGGUUUAUUAGUGUGCUCCCUGGUGCAUUUUCUGCGUACCGGUAUGUCGCCUUGCAAAACGACAAGAAUGGUCAAGGGCCAUUGGAGCGAUACUUCCUUGGUGAAAAGAUGCACGGUGCCAAUGCUGGUAUUUUCACGGCCAAUAUGUACCUGGCCGAAGAUCGAAUCCUGUGCUUCGAAAUUGUCACCAAGCGUAACUGUCGCUGGCUCCUCCAAUACGUGAAAUCUUCCACGGGUGAGACUGAUGUUCCGGAUCGAAUGGCCGAGUUCAUUCUUCAGCGCCGUCGGUGGUUGAACGGUAGUUUCUUCGCGGCGGUGUAUGCCAUUGCCCACUUCUAUCAGAUCUGGAGAAGCGACCAUAGCGCUAUCCGGAAGUUUAUGUUAUUCAUCGAGUUUGUCUACCAGACCAUCAACAUGUUGUUUGCUUGGUUUGGCAUUGGUAACUUCUUCUUGGUAUUCCACAUUCUUACGACAUAUCUCGGUCAGAAAAACCUCCUCAGUACCACUGGUCGAGUGCUCGGGGUGAUUUUCGAAUGGCUGUACCUCGCAACAUUGGUGACUUGCUUCGUCUUGGCUUUGGGUAAUCGCCCAGGCGGAUCCAAUAAGUUCUACAUGACCAUGGUCUAUUUCUGGAUAGGUAUCAUGAUUUACUUGGCAUUUGCUUGUGUUUUCGUUACGGUGAAGUCUAUCCAGACUGAGGUGCAGAGCGGCGGCUUUACCUUCUCUACUCUCUUCACCAACUCCACGUUCUUCACCAUCAUUGUGUCCUUGGGGUCGACGUAUGUCAUGUGGUUUGUGGCAUCGAUUAUCUUCUUUGAUCCCUGGCAUAUGUUUACUAGCUUUAUCCAAUAUAUCUUGCUCACCCCGACGUACAUCAAUGUGUUGAAUAUUUACGCAUUCUGCAAUACCCACGAUAUCACAUGGGGUACCAAGGGUGACGACAAAGCGGAAAAGCUGCCCUCAGCAAACCUGAAGCCUGGCGGCAAGGUUGAUGUCGACAUCCCGCAGGAUGACGGCGAUUUGAACGCGCAAUACGACGCCGAGUUGGCCAAGUUUGCCGAGAAGCCUCCAAAGGAAGUGCAAGUCGUAUCGGAAGAGGAGCGACAAGCGGAUUACUACAAGGGGUUCCGAAGCGCAGUCGUGUUGGCGUGGGUGUUCUGCAACUUCGCCCUGGGAGCCGUUGUAUUAAGCGCGGCUGGUUUGGACCGCUUCGAUGAGAAUGAGAAAACUAAUGAAGGAUCGACGAAACGAUCUCAGAUCUACAUGGCGGUCGUCCUCUGGAGUGUUGCUGGGUUGUCAAUCUUCAAAUUCAUUGGAGCAUUAUGGUAUUUGGUUGUGCGAAUGUUCCGUGGUGUUUGA